AUGUCAAGCGCCGUCGAAACGACGCUGCCCUCGGAAUGGGACGAUGAUGAACGGAUGAAUUUUCUAUUUUCCGACUUCAAAGACAACCGUGAGGUCAACACGAUGGACUGGGACAGUAAAAUGAACUUCUGGACGGCUCUAGUCUUGAAAAACUGCAGGGAUCGCCGAACAGUUUGUGUCAAUUUAGAAGAGCUCAACAAGACGUUCAGAAGGAAGGAAAAAACACCUCUGGGUUUGGCGACUGUCAUUCGGUCCAUGUCAAGAUGUGGGAAGCUUCAGAGGGAGUCCGAGUUUGCCGCCAAUGUAGACUGCGGCUGGCUGUCGUGGGGUGUCGGCGUCCUGCUGGUGAAGCCCCUCAAAUGGACCUUCUCCUCUCUCUUGGGAGGAAGUCGAGUAGCUUUGGAGGAGUCUUUUGUUGUCAUCGAACUGGUAAAGGAGAAAGCAGCUGAAGUUCUUAAGCUUUACCGGAGCAGUGAAUUUGCGAGUCGCUCACUCAUGUCAUUUCAAGAACUGUGUACGCUCACGUCCAGUGUGUGUGCCGAUGAAAGUACCCUAUGCAUGGCUCUUCUGCAGCUGCAGAGGGACAAACAAGUGGCGGUCUCCUUGAAUGAAGGGGAGAAAAUUGUUAAAUUUUGCCAACCCGGCCAGGCUCGCGUCUCCACCGUCAGUGAUGUCGAUAUUGGAAUCUACCAGUUACAACAAAGUGAGAAGCUGCUGGAGGAGCGUCUGGAAAAACUUGGCCUCGAGGCUGAUAAGUGUAGAGAAGAAGCAAGAGCUCUUCUUCGGGAAGGGAAAAAAGUGCAGGCACUGAGGUGUUUAAGAGGCCGGAAAAGAGUGGAAAAGAGAGCUGACAACUUGUCUGGACAGUUGGAGUCUAUUCGAGGCAUCUUGGACAGAAUAGCCCAGUCCCAGACGGAUAAAAUGGUUCUCCAAGCCUACCAAGCGGGAAUGACUAGCCUCAGACAUUCUUUCAAGGACGUGACGGUUGAAGGUGCUGAAAGCCUUCUCGAUCAAAUCCAGGAGUUAUGCGACGAACAAGAUGAGAUCAGCCAAACCAUAUCGGGUGGAAUGAGCAAUGCAGAUGAUAAUGAGUUGGAAGAAGAACUGAAAUCACUAUUAGAUGAAUCCAACACCGAUCUUGAUGUUCCGAGAAAUGUCAUGCCCGAAGUACCGAGUGACGACCUCCUAGAUUCGCUGCCUCCCGUUCCUCACAGUCACCUGAAUGUUAGCACCAAACAGCUGGAAGAAGAACUCAAAAUGCUAGCUCUCUAA